ACUCGGCUCUCAGACGCAGGAAGGGCGGACUGCUCUUUCUUUAUCUCCGGCCUCACGUUCGUCAUUUUAUUUUUUUUACUGACCCGCCUAAAAAGAUUUCCAAGAUUAAGUUCUUAUUCAUAUGAAGAUCGAUACUCUGACUCUCCUACGUUGAUCACCUCGACAUGGAGAAAUUUGUGGCUGUAUUCGCGGUCCUCGCAGCGCUGCUGGCGGCUAACGUUAGCGUCUCUGAGGCCCAGACUGAGAAGAAGUACUUCAAGGCAGGCGGAGACCUUCGGCUCAGCCCUCAGAAGGUCUCUGGGUCGAUCUUCAGCAUCGUGUGGAAAUACGACAAAAACCUGCUGGCUGAGUGGGUGGAAGGCUCGAUUGAUCUAACUUACUACAGUAAGUUUAAAGUCCGCUCAGAGCUGAACAUUGUGACCGGGGACUUGGUGGUCCACAACAUGACUUCAGGCGACAAAGGCGUGUAUUCAGUGGAGAUCAACAACCAGGUCCAGAGUCUGACUUAUCAGACUGUGGAAAUCCAAGAAGUGCCCAAGCCUACGGUGGAGUUACAGCCGCUGGUGUGCCACCCAACCUCAGGGAUCUGCAGACUGAUAUGUCACGGAGACGUUGCUAACGCUGGGCCUGUCAGCUACUUCUGGAAGAAAGAUGACGGAGGGUGGGAACUAUCCGGAGACAGAAAGGAGCUCAGCCCUGAGGAAAGUAAUGUGAAAACUUUCACCUGCAGGAUGGAGAACCCUGUGAGUGUGGAGGACAGCAAACCCUUCAACAAUCCUUUAUACCAGGAGAAAAAGCCCGCGGACCCAUCUUCAUCCGGGCCGAUUGUGGGAGGCGUCGUUGCUGUAAUUUUAGUCAUUGUUGCAGUUUUGUGUUUUUUGAAGAGGGAUCUACUCAGGCAGAAGCUCCCGUGCCUCAGUUCUGGCUCAAACUUAGAAUCUCCCCCCAACAGUGAAAAGCCCGAGGAUAAGAAGCUGCUCGGUGUUAACAAUGAGCCCAACAACACAGGAAAGUCAUCAUCUCCCACCAGUGCUGAUAAGGCUGACAAUACUGAGCUGGGAGACGUUAGCGUUUCCAAACCCCCAGACACCAGUGAUGGCAAAGGAGAAGGUGGUGGUGCACCCACGUCUUAGAAAACACCAACUGUGGCCUGCUGCAGGAAAAAAGACUCAAGGUGUUCUUCAUGACAUAGAGAACAUGUGAAAGUAUGUUUUUAUUUGAUUUCAGGAGCUGCCUGUGUUUAGACAGACAAGAAGGGGACAUGGGUGUGUCCUCAUCAGCUCUGAAAUCCAGUUUUUCAGUUUAAAAAGAAACAAUCGUGUCUUUGUAGUAAAAUAUCACAGCUUAGAGAUGCAGUUACAAAUCACGUGCACAUUACAGAUUCUAAAUUGCCCAUAGGUGUGAAUGUGAGUGUGAAUGGUCGUCUGUCUCUCUGUGUUAGCCCUGUGAGAGGCUGGUGACCUGUACAGGUGGACCUGCCUCUUACCCAGUGGCAGCUGGGAUUGGCUGCAGCUCCUCCUGUGACACUGAGAAGGAUAAGUGGAGGAUGGAUGGAUGUACCAGUGUUUCUGAGGUGGACCUGUCUCACUCAUUUUUAUUCUUUGAAUCUUUAAGAACAGCUGUGCUCAGAAUAAUCCUUCUUUAUCUUGUAACAGUUGUUAAUCUCAUCCUGUGCCUGAAACAAGCCUGUUGGUCUGUCCACGAUCUUUCUGACAGGAAGCAGAACAGGUCCACUUUAAAACAUCAAAAUGCUAAUUUUAAACAACAAACAUCCUGAUGUGUAGAUCAGGUUGUUUUUUUUUUUAAACCUUUUGUAAAUAUGUACAUGCUCAAAUGUUUUUUGUGGUUGGAUUGGCGUUGGAGGCAGAGCUGUAGCAGAAACUGGAAGCAGACAUUUGUGGAGUUUUAACCAUGCAGCACUUCAUCGAGGCAAAGUGAGAAGAACUGCCUGUUAACUUCACCUGACUGCUUUGGAGGAAGAAACCACAGCUGGAUGAGAACAUUUAAAUAGCAAAAGCAUGAACAGCUUCUGUGACCUGGGAUGUCGUUUUAUAUUAUCCAGUAUGCUUCAUGUACAUUUGUAGCUGCUGAGUGCUGACACUGCUCUGCACUCACUGAUGCAUGUGUUGUAAAGCAGUGCCACGGCUGUGUGGGACUUAUUUUUACUCUUUUGUGUUGUGUAUGUCUAACCUGCCCUCAUUGGUUUUCCUUAUUGCAGCCUGUCUCUUUAUUUAUUAUAGACUAAUCAUGAAAUUGUUUUUAUCAAUAAACGAGGCAGUGCUA